AAUCGCUCCUGCUUAUCGCAUCCCUAUACUAUUAGCCGUUAGUCGCAAGCGCGCUACGCAUUAAUCCCAAGGCCCGCUGCCCGGAGCCAAGACUAUGAUGACUGUUUUCGAUAUAUCCGGAGGCCUGCCGGGAAGAAUUAGUCACAUCGCACUGUGGCUAGAAGGACACGAGCAAAAUUCGUCGUAGGGAAGCUAAAGAAGAAAAGCGUACAAGAGGGAAAGAAGGAAUAAAAACCAAAGGAGGAAAAAAAAGGACUCACGCGAAUUGGGACUAAAGCCAUGUCUGCACACGAUGACCAUAUCCUCACGCUUUCCUGUCCGGACAAGCCAGGUAUUGUCCACGCCGUCACCGGGCUCCUGGCGAGUCAUGGCCUGAACAUCCUCGACCUACAGCAAUUCUCGGACCCGGGGUCCAACAAGUUCUUCAUGCGGGUGCACUUCAGCCAGGCCCGGUCGACGGCCGACCUGGACGGGCCCAUGGCGAAGCUCUCGUCCGAGUUGGCCAUGGACCAGUACGACCUGAGGCCGGCGGGCAAGAAGCCGCGGGUCCUGAUCAUGGUCUCCAAGAUCGGGCACUGCUUGAACGACCUGCUCUUCAGGGCCAAGACGAACCAGCUCGGCAUAGAGAUCCCCCUGAUCGUGUCCAAUCACCCGGACUUCAAGCCCCUGGCCGAGAGCUACGGCGUCCAGUUCCACCACCUCCCGGUGACCAAGGACACCAAGCUGGAGCAGGAACGGCAGAUCCUAGACCUCAUCCGGAAGAACGACAUCGACCUCGUCGUGCUGGCGCGCUACAUGCAGGUCCUCAGCCCGGGGCUGUGCGAGGCGAUGAGCGGCAAGAUCAUCAACAUCCACCACAGCUUCCUGCCCUCCUUCAAGGGGGCGAAGCCGUACCACCAGGCCUACGACCGCGGGGUCAAGAUCAUCGGCGCUACCGCGCACUUUGUCACGGCGGACCUGGACGAGGGGCCCAUCAUCGAGCAGAGGGUGGCGCGCGUGGACCACAGCAUGAGCCCCAAGGAACUGGUCGACGAGGGUAGCAACGUCGAGAGUCAGGUUCUGGCCGCGGCGGUCAAGUGGUGGAGCGAGAAGCGGGUGUUCUUGAACGGACACAAGACCGUCGUCUUCAAUUGAACCGAUCCGAAUGGAGCCA